AACAACAACAACAACAACAACAACCACCACCUCCACCAAAUUCCACUACUUCAAUAUUAUUACACCCCAAUAAUUCAUCUUUAAAUUUAAAUCCUGGCAGUACAACAACAACUCCAUCACAAGUAAGUGAACUCCCUACAACAGAUACUGGUCAACUGUCUCAAAAGAAAUCAGAUAAACCAAAAAAGAAGAAAAUUCCUAAACAACCAUCAACUAGAACUGAUUUCUUUGCUGCUAAAUUAGCUUCAGCAGUAGAUGAAGUUGAAAGUAGUGAUAGUGAUGAAACAUUUGUUUAUGAAAAUAGUAAUCUGAAUGAUUUUGAUAAUAUUAAUGUUCCAGCCAAUUUAACCGAUACAAAUAGUAUUCAUGGAAGUAUAAUGGCUACUAAUUCAAAUCCAAUAAAUAUGACUGUAUUAGCUACUCUGCAAGAUCAAAAUGAAUCUCAAGAUAAACUGUCAAAAAUUUUACCACCUCCUAAUACAUUUGCUCAACCUCAACCAACAAAUAAUAGACCUCCAUCAAUUGCCAAUUCUUUUAGUAGUAAUCAUUAUUUAGAAAGUAUUGCAACUACUGGUAAUAAUAGUUCAAGAGAUAGAAGAAAUGUUAAUCGUCAACAAUCUUUUUCAUCAUAUUCUCAUGAUGAUUCAGGAAAUAAAAUGCCAUUCCCAAGUGAAAGAUCAUCUGAUAAUAAUUCUCCUUAUAUUGAUAAUCAUCCAAUGAAUGAAUCAGUUGGAAUUAAUAGAAAAUAUAUUAGUGCAGCUAAUUCUCAAACUGCUAGAAGUAUUAUUGAUGAAUAUAAUGAUGAUAAUUUUUCUUAUAAUGAAGUAGAUGAUGAAGAUGAUAAUUUAAUUGAUGAUGAAAUGUCAAAUUAUGGUGACUAUUUCACUCAAAAAUCAAAUAAUGCUACUCUAACUAAUAAUCCAGGAAUUAUUUCAACUCCAGGAAUUUCAACUCCAAUUCAUCCUCAAACUCUUCAACCUUCAAUAGAUACAUCUCAUAAUCAACCAAAUCAAAAUAAUAAUAAUGUACCUUCAGUUUCUAAUAAAAGUAGUAAAAAGAAUUAUAAAUCUUCAACUACUUCUUCAUCUAAAUUAAGAUCUACUACCUCAAAAUUAUUUGAUAAAAAGGGUUCUCAACCAAGAAGAUAUAGUAUUAUACCUGAUGAUAUUGAUAUUGAAGAUUUUGAUGAUGAAUUAAUUUAUUAUGAUAAUAAUAUUCGUUUCCCUCAUAAUGGUAGUAAUAAUAAUUUAAGUGAAUCAACUCCACUUCAUGUUCCACUGCAUAGAUUACCACAUUAUAGAUCUUUAAAUUUAAAUUUCCCAGGUGCAAAGAAAGCUAAUGCAAAUUUAAAAAAUAAAAGAUACCUUUCAACUGGUCAACCAUUAUUACCUGAUAAUAGUAGUUCAGCUUCACCAAAUGCUAAUAAUGAAUUAUAUUCAUAUCCUUAUAAUGAACAAGAUCAACCUAAUUUUUAUUAUGAUUUUGAUGAAUAUGAUGAAGAAGCUAAUGAUGAUUUUAGAGUUAAUUUAGGAGUAGGAAGAAAUGCUGGUAAAAAUGGUAUAUAUAAUAGUCAACAUUUCUUUUUACCUCGGAAACAAUCAGGUGGAGUAGAUAAUUAUCGAAUUAAUUGUAUUAAAUCAUUUAUUUAUACUCUUGUUAGUAUUGUGGCUAUAUUAUCUAUUGGAUUUAUUAUGGGAUUUGUUUUAGCUACUACUAAAGAUUUAACUAAUGUUUCAAUUACUUCUAUUGAGAAUGCCAUUGUUAGUCAAGAUGAAUUAAUAUUUAAUAUUGUAGUAGAAGCUUUUAAUCCUGGAUGGUUUUCAGUUGAUAUUGAAGAAGUUGAAUUAGAUAUUUUUGCCAAGAGUGGUUAUUUACCUGAUGAUCUUUUAAUUACUGAUCAACAAGAUUUGGGAAUUUUAUCAUCAAGUAGUAAUGUAGUCACAGUUUUAUUAGGUUCAGUCACAUCUUUGGAAUCUCCAAUGAGUUUCCGAGGAGGAUUCUUUAAUCGAGAUCCUAUUUAUCAAUCAGGAGAAAUUAAAUUAAUAUCUCCUGGUAAGAAUUUAACUAAUAUUUUAAAUAUGUUGAAUUUAUCUAAUGGUAACAAGAAAGAAAAAGAAAAAGAUAAAGAUAAAAAUAAAGAUAAAAAUAAAGAUAAAAAUGGUGGUGAUAAUGGGAAUUCUACUGAACCAGAUAACUCUAAGAAAUGGGAGAUCAUUUCAAAAAAUCCAUUUGAUUUAGUGGUUAGAGGAUUAUUGAAAUAUAAUUUACCAAUGUCUAUUGGUAAGAAUAUAAAAUCCGUUGUAGUUGAUAAAACUGGAUAUAUAGAUCCUACACAAUUUACUUAUAUUGAUCAAAAACAAAUAGAGCAACAGUGAUAAUAAUACGAAAUAUAAUAAUGAUGAUAAUGAAAGAAAUUUAGAGUGAUAUAUAUAUAUAAAUUGCUAAUAAUAAUACAAUCAUAAUUUAAUUUAAUUUAAUUUAAUUUAAUUUAA